AUGGGUGGUCAACAUCCUGGUAUGGGAAAGUUCGUCGUGGUUCUAGAGCAAGAAAGUCAGCGCAUUAGACUAGAUAUUCAGCAGAAAAUGGAUAGCUUUCAGACACGAAUCCGAAAUUUUCCGCAAUAG